AUGGCUCCAGAAAAGGAAAGUAAUGGCCUUGAUAACUAUGCAUUUGCACUUGAAGGACGCUUCUGUGAUCUACCUGACAAAAAAAAUGGAGGAGAACUGAACUCCCUCACGGAUGGAGACAACAACAAGCUUGCGUAUUGUGUAACAGAUGUUCCUCCUUGGUACCUGUGCAUCAUUCUAGGCAUCCAGCACUGUUUGACUGCAUUUGGAGGUAUCAUCGCCAUCCCGUUAAUCUUGUCUCAGGGGUUGUGUCUGCAACAUGACGGCCUCACACAAAGCCACCUCAUCAGUACAAUCUUCUUCGUCUCUGGCAUUUGCACUCUGUUGCAAGUUACUUUUGGCAUCAGGCUGCCCAUCCUUCAAGGUGGCACAUUCACAUUGUUAGCCCCCUCAAUGGCAAUGCUGUCCAUGCCAGAGUGGACAUGCCCUGCUUGGACCCAGAAUGCAAGCCUAGUCAACACCACCUCCACAGAAUUCACAGAUGUGUGGCAGAGUCGAAUGAGAGCACUCCAGGGGUCCAUCAUGGUGGGCUCGCUCUUCCAGGUGUUUAUUGGGUUCUCCGGCCUCAUCGGCCUCUUCAUGCGCUUCAUUGGACCUCUCACCAUCGCUCCCACCAUCUCUCUCAUUGGACUGUCCCUGUUUGACUCAGCUGGAAUGAGUGCUGGAAACCACUGGGGCAUCUCUUCCAUGACCACUGCACUGAUUAUCCUGUUCUCACAGUACCUCCGUCACAUACCUGUGCCCUUUCCUACGUACAGCAAGGACAAAAAACUGCACACCUCCCGUGUAUAUGUAUUUCAGAUUCUCCCUGUUUUGCUUGGAAUCACUUUAUCUUGGCUCAUCUGUUACAUUUUGACAACCUACAAUGUGCUACCUGCUGAACCAGACCAGUAUGGUUAUCUGGCACGAACUGAUCUAAAGGGAGAUGUUAUGAGCCAAGCUCCCUGGUUCAGUUUCCCAUACCCAGGUCAGUGGGGGAUACCGACUGUGAGCCUGGCAGGAGUGGUUGGCAUCCUCGCUGGUGUGAUUUCUUCCAUGAUAGAGUCUGUAGGGGACUACCAUGCUUGUGCCAGGCUGUCUGGAGCUCCACCUCCCCCUAAACAUGCCAUCAACAGGGGUAUUGGUAUUGAGGGAAUAGGCUGUCUGCUGGCUGGAGCCUGGGGUACAGGCAAUGGUACCACCUCAUACAGCGAGAACGUUGGCGCUCUUGGAAUCACAAAGGUUGGCAGUCGCAUGGUGAUAGUAGCCAGUGGAGUGUUGAUGGUUGUCAUGGGUGUGUUUGGUAAAGUGGGCGCUAUAUUCACCACUAUCCCAUCACCUGUGAUAGGAGGGAUGUUCAUGGUUAUGUUUGGUGUCAUCUCUGCAGCGGGGGUUUCUAAUCUGCAGUACGCAGAUAUGAAUUCGUCUCGAAACAUCUUUAUUUUUGGCUUCUCCAUGUUCUCUGGUCUGGUCAUUCCUAACUGGAUAUUAAAGAACCCCAAAGCUAUUGCCACAGGUGUAGUAGAACUUGACCAGGUGCUGCAGGUACUUCUGACAACCAGUAUGUUUGUAGGAGGCUUCUUCGGCUUCUUACUUGACAACACCAUUCCAGGAUCAAAGCAUGAGCGAGGCAUCCUCGCCUGGAACAAGGCUCACGAGGACGACUCCAGCAACACACUGGAGAGUGGAGAAGUCUAUGACCUUCCCUUUGGCAUCAGCUCUUACUUGUCUUCCUCUUCCUGGAUCCGGUACAUACCGUUCUGCCCUCCUGGCACGCCCAACUCUCUGGAUGGAUGCGGAGUAGAUGCAAAAUCCCUGGAGCCUAAGCAGCCACUGGGACACCCGGAGCCUGCACAGAUCAUUGUCGGAGUCGCUCUGUUUCUCUGUUAUCAGUCUUUGAGUGUGAUCACACCCAGGUGCUAGG